AUGUCAAUGCUUCAAGUUGUUAGUCACUGCUGUAGAAAUCAGAUCCGUCCUCCUGGGAAUAACCCUAAGGACGCUGCUUGGCCCAAACACUGUCCCCGCCAGGCACUCAGCUCCAGUGUGGACCAGCGAGCGGAAAAUUCUCCGAUAUCUUCAAACUCUCUCUUCUACAAGCUGAAGUCCCAACCUGCUUCAAGAAGUCCACCAUCAUCUUCACGGAAAGGAGAGCAACACGCUUCCAUCUCCAUCAAUGGGAAUGAGGUUGAGAGAAUGGAAAAUGUCAAAUUUCCUAGACUGACCAUAAUGGACAAACUUUCCGGAAAAUACCAUGUGUUUGUGCCGUUGGAAAAUUAUGCAACAACACCUCUUCUUCCUCAGAGAGCUCAGGAAUUUUGGCAUGGUCAAUGUCAUUCUGACUGGGCUUUCAGUGCAACUGGUGCCAUAGAAGGACAGUGCGCAAAAAGGCAUGGAAACCUGGUUUCUCUCAGUGAACAGAAUCUGAUUGAUUGUAAGAAACCAAGUAACGGAUGCUUUCUUGGAACGGCAUUGAACGGCUUUCAUCAAGUGAUUGAUUUUCAAGGCAUCAACUCUGAGGAAACUUACCCUUACACAGGAAAGGAUACAGACUACUGCAGAUUUCAGCCAGAUAAAAUUGCUGCUAAAAUCACUGACUACAAAUGGGUUUGGGGAGGUGAGGCAGCAUUGGAACAAGCUCUGAGAGAGAUAGGACCGAUGUCUGUUGUGAUUAAUGCAAGUCUGAAAUCCUUUCAACAUUAUAAAGGAGGAGUUUACUAUGAUGAAAAUUGCAAUGGAUAUGUAACCGAUGAAGUGCUGGUGGUUGGUUUUGGAACUAAGGAUGAAAUGAACUAUUGGCUGGUUAAAAAGAGCUGGGGAACAGACUGGGGUGAAGACGGGUACAUCAAAAUUGCUAAGGAUAGAGGGAAUCACUGUGAAAUUGCCAGUUUUGUGCGGUACCCUGUCGUGUAACGAGCCAACUGAUAAGACAGAGCUUCAUCAAUCCCAGCUGAAUGAUAAACAAGAUCAUUUCUGUUAAUGCUGACUCAUUCAAAGACAUUGCUUUAAUUGUCUGCUGCAAAUUUAAAAAGUGAAAUAAUAACGAUUUUUGCACUUUUCUAUCGCUUCAUAUAAAACCAAUGGCAUUGUCCGAUUGAUACAAAUAGCCACUGUAAAUGACAGAAUGAAUACAUUCUCCAGCUUGUAGAAGACAAUAAUCUGCAUGUACUGCUGAUGUCCAACAAUAUAAUAAAGGCUUCCAGCAAUCA